UUUGGACCAAAGGGGUUCCCAGUGUGUGGUGCUGUUGUAAAGGAAGGUGGAAGAUGCCCUGAAGAUCUUGCUCUGCCUUCCAGGGCAGGCCAUGGUGAAAACAUCUCUGGUAAGCUAGGGAACUUCAGUCCCAGCUUUCUCUGGGUACCUUUAAAACCAGGAAGGAGUCUUAUGGAUUGGAUUCGACUAACUAAAAGUGGGAAGGACUUGACUGGUUUGAAAGGGAGGCUGAUUGAAGUGACUGAAGAUGAGCUUGCUAAACACAACAAAAAGGAGGACUGCUGGAUAUGUAUAAGAGGAUUUGUAUAUAAUGUCACACCAUACAUGGAAUAUCAUCCUGGAGGAGAGGAUGAACUGAUGAAAGCAGCAGGAACUGAUGGAACAGAUCUCUUUGAUCAGGUGAGAACAACUGGCAGCAAAUGA